AUGCAACCAAAUAUACAUGUGUCUAACCUAUCAGAUGUCAGCUGGCUCGUGCGUCAUUUCAUUAUUUAAAUAUCGCCACAAUUAUCAAACAAAUCAAUUGUUUAAAACGCGCAGUAAUGGAUCUAGCUCUGAUACCACUUUAGGGCAUAAAAUCCCAGUGAUUCAGUUGGUACAAUGUGGCUCCUUUCCUUUGUGUUUCUCUUCACAAAAUUGUCUCUGGUUCAAAACCAAAUCGUUUGGUACCAACCGGAGCAAGUGCACCUGGCUUACGGCGACUCCGUUGAUGAAAUUGUGGUGACAUGGUCCACAUUUAACGACACGACUGAAUCUAUCGUGGAAUAUGGGAUAGGGGGCUUCAUCCUCACAUCUAAGGGGGCCUCCAAGUUGUUUGUUGAUGGGGGCGACCAGAAACGGGCCCAAUACAUCCACACUGUUAGGCUGGCAAACCUCACUUACAACUCACGUUAUGAGUACCACUGUGGUAGUAGUCUGGGCUGGUCGGAGGCUUUCUGGUUCCAAACACCACCUGAACACAACUGGCAGCCCCAUUUGGCCAUCUUCGGGGACAUGGGUAAUGAAAAUGCGCAGUCUUUAGCACGGCUGCAGGAGGAGGCCCAAAGGGGGCUGUAUGACGCUAUUCUACAUGUGGGGGAUUUUGCCUACGAUAUGGACUCGCAAAACGCAGAAGUUGGUGACGCUUUCAUGCGCCAAAUCCAGGCAGUGGCUGCCUAUUUGCCUUACAUGACAUGUCCCGGAAACCACGAAGAGAAAUAUAAUUUCAGCAACUACCGGCAACGUUUCAGCAUGCCAGGCGGUUCCGACUCACUCAUGUUCAGCAUAAACGUCGGCCCAAUGCACAUUAUUUCAAUCUCGACCGAAGUUUAUUACUUUCUUAACUACGGCAUUAAACAGCUCGUGUUUCAAUACGAAUGGCUUGAGGCCGAUUUGAUUAAAGCCAAUCAGAAUCGGGGGAAACAGCCCUGGAUUGUGGUGAUGGGGCACAGGCCCAUGUACUGUAGCAACUCCAACACUGACGACUGCACCCAUCAUGAAACUUUGACUCGGGUCGGUUUACCCUUUUUGCAUUAUUUCGGGCUUGAACAACUGUUGUAUGACUAUGGAGUUGAUUUGGAAAUUUGGGCCCAUGAGCAUUCGUAUGAGAGACUUUGGCCGAUUUACAAUUAUCAGGUGUUUAACGGGUCUUAUGAGCAACCUUACGUCAAUCCAGGAGCCCCCAUACAUAUCGUCACAGGCUCUGCAGGGUGUAAGGAAGGUAGGGAGGAUUUUAACGCCACAAGGCCACCGUGGUCAGCCUUUAUUAGUCGUGAUUACGGAUACACGAGACUUAAAGCCUACAAUGCGACGCAUUUGUAUUUGGAACAAGUCUCAGAUGAUAAGCAAGGAGCUGUGAUUGAUUCGUUGUGGAUUGUGAAAGAUAAACAUGGACCGUAUCAGUUUUCUCAACUGGAUUGGACGAACAAUGAUUUGAAAAAUGUUUAGAUAUGAUUACCAAACGUGUAUUAUUUUAUGCGAUAUCGUGAAACCAAAUAAAUAGCGCAAUUUUAGUUAUCGUAGUUUAUUACGUCGUGUGCUGUAAAUAAACAAUUGUGAUUUGUUUCGUUUAUCAGAAAUAAAAAUUACAAAUCCA